GCUACCUCAAGUGAUUGUAGAUGGAGAACUAGUGUGUUUAAGUAUGUUUGUUGGUGUUUCUGAUGAAGUCUGUGUGAGUGAAGAAUAUGAUUUUGGUGAUAAAUUUGUGUAUGUCUGAUUUUGAAGUGUGUGUAACUGUAUACCAUGGACUUGUACAGCACAUUGGAAACGUGUGUUCACCUCUCCAGCUUUCAGCGAGUAUGCUCAAAGUAUUUUCUUUAUUAAAAUGGUUUGACACUUUUUCCUUUUCUGAUAGAUUUGACAGUGAGUAAGAAUACUUUUGUAAAUUUAAUUUACAUAUAAACUAUAUAAAUUAUGUAAGUUAUACAGUUUUGUCUCUUUUUUAGCAGGGGCUGUAAAACUGAAAAAAAUAGCAUAACUGGCAAGAUGGAGUUUUCUAAAAGCAGAUAAAAUUUUGAUGCUGAGUUUUAAAAGAAAAUACAUGCAAGACAAUGUUCUGCAAGAUGAGAAAGAAAUGGCAAAUAGCAAAACUUAAUGUGUUUCAUUAGCUUACAGGAAUCAGAUUUUAAAAAAUGGGACCUUUUCUGACUUACUAUUUUCUUUUUUAAUUAUAUUUUUACUGACUUAUUGACUGUCUUUCACUAGGAAAGUUAUUUGUUUGCGUUGUAUUCCUUCAUAACAUGUUUAACUCACUGCAUGAAGGAAUAUUGGGUGGUAUGUAGUUCGAGUUAUGAUAUAUAUAAAAUAGGUAAGAACUAGUGUGAGCUAGAAGUGAUACAGAAUCAAUACUAUUAGCUUGUCUUGGCUUUCCUCCUGAUCAUUCUUCUGCUACAAGAACUUGUCCCCAUGGAUUAUUUUGGGAAAAUGUUUUUGAAUCAUUCUCUGUGGUAAUAAAAUAACAGCAUGGCAUCAGAAACACCCAAUGUAAGUAUAAUCAGAAGAAAAUGAUGGAAUUUAUUUACUUGAAAGAAAAAACUUUUUUCAGGUUGAUAUAUUAUUGGAAAAAAGAAAUCAAUGAAAUAUACUAGUUUUUCACAGCAAUGGAGAUGUACCAUUCUUGCCAAAGCAUUGACUAGUUAAGAUUUUGAUGUCCACAGCUGCUCUUAGAGGUGAAAAAUUUGGGCUUAUUUCCUGGAGCCUUGGUCAACGGAGAGGACAGUUAGUUUAAGAGAUGUGCAAAUGCUCCUGUGCAUAGAUAAGAUGAGAACAAAAGCUCAUCUCUUAUGUUCACGCCGAGUUAACUGAAAUUACUGGUUUGUAAGAGGGGAAGAUGUAUUCUUCAGAGUGGCAAAAAGCAUGGCCAUUAAGACUUCCAUUUGGGAUCUGGGAAACUUCAGCAAGUCCCUGGUUUUAAUCAGCUGUAUUUUUUCUUCAGACCAGGAACUUAAAUGAGGUCCUCUCGUGACCUAUAUAGGUUUCUAAAGCAAGAGUGAUUCUUUUGCAUGGGGUAGCUCUGGAAUGCAUCAAGGAGAUGAAACGAGCAAUGCUCUGAUGAAUACUUAAUCCCUCACACGGGUCUGCUCUGUUAGGAGAGGUUGAGACGAGUACCCUGCAGCAGGCCUGUGGUGCUCAGUUUUGGAUACUGGCAUGCCAAGAAAUUUAAUUAGAUAUCCCAAGCCCAGUACCCUCACCAUCAGACUGCAGAACAGGAUGACACAGCUCACUUGCAUGCUCUUUAUCUCUCUCUUGUUCAAAGAGUAUUGGGUUUUCUGUUGUGGGAAAAGGAGAUGAUAAAAACAAACAAGUAGUUUUGUGACAUGGGAAAGAGCUUUCUUCCUAUCUCUAUGUUUCAAUGGAUCAAGGGGGUUUCUCUUCUAGCACAACUUAGGAUACUGUCCGGUUCCUGAACCAAAGAUACCUAUCUGACUUUUCGGUCUCAGAAAUAGCUUUUUUAAAUGUGAAAAAUGGUUUUAUUUCAGUUUUUUUCCUUGGUGAUUGCAUGUACCACUCCUGUCUCUUCAUUUUUAACCACCCAGUCUUAACAAUCUAGAUUUGUUCUAUCCAAUCUUAACAAUACAGAGUUGUUUUCUCUUCUCUAUGUAUGCAGCUGACAGAUUCCAAGUAAGGAAGUCUAUGAUAAAGAAUUAAUCUUGAUGUGUAAAAUGGAAUUUUAAAAUGUGCAUGAUAAAAGAAGUUGCAUUUCAUUUCUGCUUAUGCUAAAAUAAUGAAUUCAUUUAUAGCAUUAUAUCCUAGAAAAAUAAUUCUGCAUAGGCCACAACUUGAAUCUAAUUAGAAAACCGCUGUAUUAUAGAAAUGCAUUCCACACAGAGUAGUUUCUGUAUUUAUCAGAUAAGCAGUAUAUGUCAUCGACUAAGGAUCUAAUUAAGGUUUCAAGACACUGAAAGUUUUGUUUUGAUUUCACCUUGAAGUAUUAGAUACUUCUCAAAGAACCUAUUUGAACCAAAAUUGUGACAACUUCAUUGAAGGGUAUCAAGGGUCACAUUCUACCGCCAGUUAAAAUUAUACAGCUUCAGGGAUGCAGCAGAGGGCAGGAUUUCCCUCAUAAUUUGAAUCAACUAAACACCUGUUAUCUGGAUAAAGGCACAAAUGAUAAGGAAUUGGAUACUACCUCAAAUGUAAUAAAAAUAUGUCUUCAGUAGCAACUAAAGCAGAACACAAAACAUAUUGCUACUGCAGUUGUGCACAUCUGCACAUCUGAAAUUAGAAACUGUCCUUAACAGACAAUGAGCCAUGGCUCCCUAUUUGGAAGCUAUUGGCAGAGCUGUUCAACCUGUUUACUUGCUCAAACACAAAAUGAUCUCUUAAAUUGCUAAAACAGAUUGUAGAGAAAAUUGGCAAGAGAAGAUGUUAACAUGGCCCAGGGCUUCAUUUCUAGGAUUCGCAGUGCAAAGCCUGCAGAUACUUGUCUCCAAUGGCUUUUUUUCCUCCAUUGAAUUGAAGAGAAGGAGAAGAAUAGGGAACAGGAAAAAAUAACAGCAACAUCAAUGUCUACAUUUCAACCACCCAUCAAACCAACCAUCAACAAAGAGACUGGGAUGAAACACCCUGAACUCCAGAAGCAGUCAGCAUAAAUCCCAGGAGUAAAUACUCUGCACCAGUCGACAUAAGGAUAUCUUUCAGCUUCAUUGCAGCUGGAGUCAGUGACUUCAUACUGAAAGAGGCUGGUUUUGAGACUACAGACCUUGACAGUUUGUAACAGCCAAGGAACGUACAUGUCUGUGUAAAUGUGUAGCCAUGUAUACCUAUAAAGGCUGUCAAGUGCUGCCUAAAAAAGGAAGGAGCCGUGGUGACAUUAAGUGCAGUGGAGGACACAAAUCCAGGCACGCUGGAGGAUCUGAGCUGUUUCCUGCAGCUGUGAACCUUUUCAGAGUUUUCAUUGUUGUUUCCUGCAAAGUAUUAAAAUGCGAGUGUCUGUCAUUCAGGAUCUCAGGGAGGAUGAAAAUGAAAAUGGGGAAGAAGAAGAAAAGGUCUUCCUCAAGCCUGUUAUUGAGGAUAGAAAUAUGGAACUGGCCCGAAAAUGCAGUGAAUUAAUAAGUGAUAUACACUAUAAAGAAGAGUUUAAAAAAUCUAAAGGCAAGUGCAUAUUUGUACCUGACACCCCGCAGCUAAAACAUGUGAAAAGUGUCGGUGCUUUUAUUUCUGAGGUGAAGUACAAAGGAGCUGCUAAAAAAGACCUUUCCAACUGUCUUUAUCAGCAGAUGCCAGCCACAAUUGACAGUGUAUUUGCAAAAGAAUUAAUGCAGCUUCAGAGCAAGGUACUCUAUAAACAAAAACAUGAUGCUGAGAAAGGAACUUCAGAUUACGCACGAAUGAAGGAGCCUCCAGAUGUUAAGCAUGCCAUGGAAGUCAGUAAACACCAGAGUGAUGUAUCCUAUAAGAAGGAUGUGCAAGAUACUCAUAGGUACACUGAAGUGCUGAACAGGCCAGACAUAAAGAUGGCAACUGAGAUAACAAAGAUAAUAAGUGAUGCUGAGUACAAGAAAGGAAGGGGAGAGAUGAAUAAGGAGCCUGCUGUACUUGGAAGACCAGAUUUUGAGCAUGCCAAAGGAGUUUCAAAACUUUUAAGCCAAGUGAAAUACAAAGAGCGGUUCAGUAAGGAAAUGAAGAGUCACCAGUACAAUCCUCUUGACAGUGCUUCCUUCAAGCAAGCAAAGAUUGCAUCCGCCUUGGCAAGUGAUGUGAAUUACAAGAAAGAUUUGGAAAGCCUACAUGAUCCAGCGUCUGAUCUACCAAAUCUGCUAUAUUUAAACCAUGCUUUAAAUAUCAGCAAAACGCACAGUGAUGUCAAGUACAAAGAGAGUUAUGAAAAAGCUAAAGGCAGAUCAAUGCUGGAGUUUGUGGAUACACCAAUGUAUCAAGUUUCAAAAGAGGCUCAAAAGAUGCAAAGUGAGAAAAUGUAUCGCAAAGAUUUUGAAGAAGGGAUCAAGGGAAGACCCUCACUGGAUUUAGACAAGACCCCAGAGUUCUUGCAUAUAAAGCAAGUCACUAACCUUCUGAAAGAGAAAGAAUAUCGAAAAGAUUUGGAAGAAGGGAUGAAAGGAAAAGGAAUGACAGUGUUUGAAGAUACACCAGAUUUGAUUAGAGUGAAAAAUGCUGCUCAGAUACUAAAUGAGAGACAAUACAAGAAAGACCUGGAAACUGAAAUUAAAGGGAAGGGCAUGGAAGUUGGUCCAGAUACCCCUGAGAUAAGACGAGCCAAGAAAGCUUCGGAAAUUGCAAGCAUGAAAGAAUACAAGAAAGACUUGGAGAAUGAAAUUAAAGGAAAGGGAAUGGAAGUGAGCACGGAUACCCUUGAUAUACAACGAGCCAAAAAAGCUUCUGAAAUUGUCAGCCAGAAAGGAUAUAAAAAGGAUCUAGAGACUGAAAUUAUAGGAAAAGGAAUGCAAGUUGGUCUGUGUACUCCAAAAAUACAAUGGGUCAAAAGGACUUCAGAAAUAGCAAUCCAGAAAAUGUACAAAGAUGAAGCAGAAAAGAUGCUCUGUAACUAUUCUACUGUCCCUGACACUCCUGAAAUGGAGAGGAUAAGAAAUACUCAGAAGAACAUCAGUUCAGUAUUUUAUAAGAAGGAAGUAGGAGCUGGCACAGCUGUCAAAGAGACUCCAGAGAUUGAAAGAGUAAAGAAAAAUCAACAGAAUAUUAGUUCGAUUAAAUAUAAGGAAGAAAUUCGGCAUGCAACAACUAUUUCUGAUCCACCAGAACUAAGGAGGGUUAAGGAAAACCAGAAGAAUAUUAGCAAUGUUCAAUACAAAGAACAGCUCUGCAAAGCUACACCUGUGAGUGUCACCCCUGAGAUGGAGAGAGUCAAGAGGAAUCAAGAGAAUGUCAGCAUGGUUCACUACAGAGAGCAGCCUGGCAAAGCUACUGCUGUGAGUGUCACUCCUGAGAUAGAGAGAGUCAGGAAGAAUCAAGAUAACAUCAGCUCGGUCAAGUACAGCAGUGAUCAGAGGCAGAUGAAAGGUAGACGUAGUGUGCUUCUAGACACACCUGAGCUAAGACAUGUCAAAGAAACUCAAAACAACAUCUCAAUGGUAAAAUACCAUGAAGAUUUUGAGAAGACAAAGGGCAGAGGCUUCACCCCAGUGGUAGAUGAUCCUAUAACAGAGCGUGUACGGAAAAACACCCAAAUUGUGAGUGAUGCAGCAUAUAAAGGUGUGCAUCCACAUAUUGUUGAAAUGGAUAGAAGACCUGGAAUAAUUGUUGAUCUUAAAGUUUGGCGCACAGAUCCUGGCUCCAUCUUCGACAUUGAUCCUCUGGAGGACAAUAUUCAGUCUAGGAGUCUGCAUAUGCUUUCUGAAAGAGCAAGCCGUUACAGUAAGCAGUAUUUACGUUCUACCAGUUUGGGAGAUUAUAAAUCAGAUGGCUCUGACACGAACCCUACCUUUUCUUACUGCAGUGAAAUAACAAGGCCAUCUGAGGAAGGAGCCCCUGUUCUCCCUGGGGCAUAUCAGCAAAGCCAGACUCAAGGAUAUGGAUACAUGCACCAGACCAGUAUGUCGUCCAUGAGGUCCAUGCAUUCACAGCCUCAUUCAGCAAGUCUGGGUGGAGAGAGUACCGUUCCUUUUCAACAGAGAACGUAUAGAGCUAUGUAUGACUACAGCGCUCAAGAUGAAGAUGAAGUUUCCUUCAGGGAUGGUGAUUAUAUCAUCAAUGUGCAACCAAUAGAUGAUGGCUGGAUGUAUGGUACUGUUCAGAGAACUGGGAAAACAGGAAUGCUUCCAGCAAAUUAUAUUGAGUUUGUUAACUAAUUUUUGUCUCUAGUCCUUUGAGCUUUAUUAUGAUUUACUCAAAAUCUAACCUUUUAGAAAAAAAGUCAGAAGAAUCUUUUAAGAGUACAUGAUCAUUACGUUAUCACUGCUAUAACAGUUUGCAUUCUUACUCGGAAUCCAAUUUAGAAGCUCAGAGCUUUGAAAAUAGCAUGGCUUAUAAUCAUGCUCUCUCAAAAUGAAAAACAUAUAUGGAAGCCUGGUGCUGCCUAUCCUAUAAAGAUUUUAGUCAAUUACCUGUAAAGGGAAAAUACCUUUUCCCUACAUAUCAAAGAGGUUAUUUCUCUUUGUAAAACCAACCAUAAAAUCGAUGCACUUCUGGCACUCUGAAGUCACAGGAAGUUAACACACUGAGUUUGAACACAUCUUCAAAUUAUUAGGGAGGUGUUUAACGUUUGAGCAGUUAGCAUCCUAAUAAAAAAUAAAAUGUUGAGUAGAUAAUUCAGUCAUUUGAUAUAAUGACAAGUAAUAUGCCAGUAAAAAAACCAAUAAAAUCCCCUACUGCCCAGCAGCCUUACAAUAAACAGGUCCAUUUUAACAGCAAAAUUUUCCUGACUCUUGCAUACCCACAUUUAUUUCUGCAUUACCCAUUUUUUCUUAUUUACAAGUGACCUAUCAGCUUUGCUUGCAUCCCAAUCCAUCAGUUAGAUCCAUAUCUAGAUCCAUGAUUCUUCAGUAUCUUUUCCACAGAAGAUUCCUUGCAAAGACUAUCUAAAGUAUAAAACCUGUCAAGUCUUCUGUUUCCUUCUAAUAAUAACUAGCAUUUAAAUAGAAACUUAAUUAGGGCAACGUACAACCAGUACUUCAUGUUAGUUCCUUUACCUUCACUUGUACUGCUGUAAAUAAAUAUCCUGUGUGAGGCCCCGGUGCUGUGCAGUCACACAAAGCCUGCAGUCAUACCCCUCCUUCUUACCUACCACAGGUAACUCGCUUAAUGGCUGCUUUGCUGAUGAGCUAAUGUACCUACCCCUGCUUCAGAAAUACUUAUGCCUCCAUUGAGGAGUGGAGGAGAGCUCUGUUUAUUGUAGUGCAUUUCAGAUAAAAAAAUCUUGGUGAUCCAGCAGUGGGUUGUACGCUUGCCAAAUGUUUAAUGAUGGAGAAAUAUGUUUUCUUUUACUGACUUGAUCUUUCUCAUAACUGACACUGAAGGGAAAGCUAACUAAACAAAAGUCCAACAUACUCUAUGCCAUUAUGUUUCAGUUUAGCCAUCUGUAGAAAACAGUAAAAAUAUUCUGCUGACAAACCUUCACAUAUGCUAUUUGGUGUCUGUUAACAUUAUGGUCAGAACUGAGAGAUCCAGGUCUCAGUCUGUGAGGCUGAGGAGAGGAUCAAACAACUGGUGACACAGUGGACCUGUAAGAGGGACUGUGUCAGCAGGCUUGGGUCACAGGGAACUUGCUUUUGCUUUGACUGGAUGCUGCAUUCCCUCCCAGGGAGAAAUUCUGGGAGGAAGGACAAAAGAGUUAAAGAUUCAUGUGGGAACUUAUUUGUGCGGAUGCAGACGCAGAAAAUGUUUUUACUGAUAAUAUAAUUUGUGGGGUUCAGCCAUAUGCUAGAGAAGUUAGAGACGCUUGUAGUAACCCUCAGAAUGUUGAGUCUGCACUGGCUUUCUUCCACUUCUAAAAUUUUUAAAGUAGAAUUAAAUAUAGAGCUUAUAGACAAUUUUGUAUUUCUCAUUUCACAAAGUAGGCAACUUUGCAAUAUCUAUUUAAAGAAUAAGGAAGGCAGUAUGGAUUUGUUAUGUCAACUGAAAGUUGUCAAUGCAAAUCACCUGCACGUUCUAUUUUUGCAUACAAUUAGGAAUUGGAAAGCUUAUGCAAUUUUAUUUUGGGUUUUGCUAACUCGGGGCUGAUUCCAGCUGCCAAACAGAAUAGAAUGACUGCAUUAAAAAAAAAUAAAAAAUAAAAAAUGCCCAUGACUGUGGAAUUGCCUGGGCUUUCUUGUCAGUGGCCUAAUUCCAAGGCUAAAGCUGUCCAGGAGCAUCUAACUUCAAAAAGUAUUGUUUAAAACCAGAGAUUCACUACUGUAAGUAUCCAAUCUCUAUGGGUGACUGCUGUCAUUUAAAAUUCUUGAAAGUUUUGCAUAAGGAGCUGCUGCUGCAGCAGAACCUUAUGCAUUGCUGGUGACAUCCACGUGAAAUAGCAAACUUUGCAAGUGAAAUGGCUUUUUCAAAAGGCUGCUGUGAUAUGCUGAGCUAGAAGCUCUGAAAAAAGCAGUCUGCUUCUGUGUUGGUUUUCAUCACCAGCCGUCAACAGCAAGGAGAGGAAUUUCAUCUUAUGCUGGGUAGCAAAUUUUUCAGAUGAUGCCUGAGGCACAAUUGGCUGUCACUUGCUGCUUGCUGCUCUAUUAGCUGUGUAAUGCUGACAACAAUAAAAACAAGUUGUCAGUUUGUUAACCCAAUAAAAUUUAGAGAAUAGAUAUAUUGAAUCAAGUUACAGAUUUCAGUGAUUUAUAAAAAAGAAUCUCAACCUAUAAAUAGAUGAUCAUUCUUCCUAAAUGAGGAGACGACUUGCAGUGUUGAACACUUUAUGCAUAGAAGUAAAUGAGAAAAUGGGCAUUUGAUGACAUUAAAGAACUAUGUUGUAAUAAACAAUCAAAAUAAAAUUUCCUUUAUGAAUUUUGAAAAUUCAUUAGCUUGGUAGAGCAGCUAAAGCAAUAUGCAAAAAAAUAAAAGGUCAAGAAAACAAAACAGUAUGAGAAUUGUAUUUCUCUUGAGAAUGGUAUAUCAGCAAAAUUAUUAAGAUCUGGUUUACAUUACUCAUUCAUGUAAUCAAGUUUUUUAUGUCAUAUAUGCUUAGGAAUUUGUGUUUAUGUGGAACAGUUCCUGCUUUUUGAUAUAAAACAAACUUUAAUGUCAUUAUGCAGCUUUUUUCUAAGCAAAGCAAUCAAAGGCCCAAAAUUAUCAGAGUGCAAUUAAAAAAAUGUUUUUAUAAGAUCUAAAAUUUGUAAGGUGGGGAAAGUAAGUCAUAAACUAAAUUGUGCCAGCAUAGGUUUUAAAAGGCAUAUGUUGGAGCCUGUUACAUGCAGUGUGAUAUAGAGGUGAAAAGAUGUUAUAUGCUGCCUUGUCACCUUUAAAAUACGUAUUCCUUUUUAGCACGGCAUGUUCCCCUCACUGUUCUUUCUUCCCGUAGUCAGUUUUUCCGGGGAAAGGAAAGGACUUUUACAGAGGUGAAUUUCCCAAGCUGUUCCAAAGUUCAGAUUGGAAGUUCACAUGUUCUCCUUUUAGAAAUAAAGAAUUCUGUAAAGAAUGCUUUAAUUCUUGCUAACACGAGUAUAAAUGUAGAAAACAACAUAGAGCAUAUUCAUACAUACAUACAAGAACAAAUGGGUGCCUUGCUUUUCAUUACUCUUUCUUGCCUGGCUAAUCUUCAUUUUCUAAACAAAGCUACGUACAGAUACUGCAGUUGUAAUUUUUCAUUAUGGAACAUUAGCAUUUAAUCUUGAUGAAACAGGGUUUUCUUGAUUACAUUUGACAUACAAUAAACUACUUCAGCAGAUUGGGAUUUGACGGAGAAUCACCUCCCAUGGAUUAUGUUUUUGACAAAAGUGUCCCUCCCGAGUGUUCCUCAGGGAUAUGGAAGGUCUCCAAUACUUGGGAAGGUAAUAAUUCUAGUUUUUAUUGUACAGUGACUGCAUGUCAUCUUGUACAAUGGAAAAGAAAUGACAAAUACCAAGGUCUUUGGCAGAAGGUGGUACAGGGUAUAAAAUUUUAGAUUUUAAUUAAGUUGAUUAAUACUCCAUUUAAACUAUAGAAUAUGCUUUAGUUAGUAAAUGUUUAAAUAAUAUACUGAAACAGACAAAAGAUGCUGUUGAAAGAAGUUCUCCAAACUGGUGUGCUGGCAAAUGCGAAGUACUGGUGAGCAGUAUAAAGAAUAAACCAUUUCGCAAUGCUUUAGUGAUUUUCUCCAGCUUUAUGCCAUAGGAACCCCAUCUCUCCUUUGGAAAGAAAACCUGAAAGCUCUAUUUCCUAUACUGCCUGCACUACAACAGUAUAUUCAAAGGAAUUUCAUAUGCUUCUUGUGUCUGAUAAAUAGAAUUUGCAUAUUGUACUUAAGUUGUAAUCCAGUUGUUGUUGACAUUUGUUUAAUUAUUAUUAUUUUGGGGGGGAAAUAAGCUAUACUGUAGCAUUUAAAUCGUGUAUUUAAUAUUACUAUUAGAAAUUGCUAGACCAUUGGAAGACAGCAAUGACUGUGUUGACAUUGAUUAGCAUGAUGUGGAAACUCGGCUGUUGGUUUUUGCAGUGUGAUAUAAAAAGCAAAAAUGAACCGCUGUGCAGUUUGGCUUAUGUUUGCUUUAAAGUGUGUAAAGUUUUAGUUAUUUUGCAAAACUGUACUGUAUUUGGGGGUAUACAGUUAUGGAGGUAACAACUGUUUUUCAAAGGACAGAUAAACUUUCUCUUGGAUCAUAUGAUGUAUCAUCUUAAUUUGGCUUUUGUUAUGCAGAAAGUUAACACCAGCUAUUAAAAUAUAUUUUAGUAGAAAUGCUUUAAUUCCUGUUUCUUCCUCUACACUGUGAAUAUUUAAGCUUUGGUGGACUAGAGCAACAUCAUGCUGCCCAAAGUACUAACCUAUGCAAACUAGUUCACAUUUUAGUUGAUGUCACAGUGGAUGUAACAUAGCAAUUUUGCAGAACAUUAACCGUCAUUCAAAUAAAAUAUUAAACCCAGCAUGAUGUAUGUAUUAUAUUCAUAAACAAUACUCUGUAAAGCUACCAUUCCCAUUCAUAUAAGCUAUCAAAGAUGUAUAUCGUUUUAAUUAAGGAAGCUUUGAGUUUUCAAACUUAAGUAGAAUAUUUAGCACUAUUAUUUGUCAAGCUUGAUCUCAGAAUAUAGUUUCCUAAACCACUGUUUUAUUUCAGACAUGCCCUCUCCUUAGAGGGUUAACUUGCUUUUUCAGUCUGUAUUUGUAACUCUUCAACUGAACACCAAGUUACAUUCCAUGCCCCUUGAUUUGUUUAAAUAAGCAAAGAUAGUAAGUGAAGGAGAUCUGCUGAUUUAAUUGAUCCUGGUUUGCUGGACUUUGAAUGGGCAUUUGGCUAGGCAUGCUCUCAGUGCAACACUAAUGAAAAGAAAUUGAUUUGCUGGCUUCUUUAAGACAAUUUUAUAUACAAAUGUCAUUCUUGGGUUAUCUUUAUUCAUUUACACAAGUCAAUUAUUUUUACAACAUUGUAAGAAAGUUUAAGUUAAAAUAAAAUCCAGAAGUAUUUUGGAACUGC